AUGAAUCCAGAAGAACGAAUCGUGACAUGGCUUAUCUCUCUGGGAGUUUUAGAUUCCCCCAAAAAGACCAUCUGUGAUCCGGAGGAGUUCUUGAAGUCCUCACUGAAAAAUGGGGUAGUUUUGUGCAAACUUAUCAACAGACUUGUUCCUGGCUCUGUGGAAAAGUAUUGUCUGGAGCCCCAAACUGAAGCGGACUGCACCACCAACAUCAAUGACUUCCUGAAAGGAUGUGCAAUGCUUCAAGUGCAGGUAUUUGAUCCUGAAGACCUUUAUUUGGGGCUCAAUUUCUCCAAGGUUCUGAGUACUCUUUUAGCUGUCAACAAAGCAACAGAAGAUCAACUCUCAGAAAGACCAUGUGGACGUUCCUCUUCUCUUAGUGCUGCUAAUAGUUCUCAGACAAACCCACAGGGAGCAGUUUCUAGCACAUCUCCGAGGCUGCAAAGGCAGUCCAAAGCAGUGGAGAUGACGGAAAAUGGAAGCCAUCAGUUGAUAGUAAAGGCAAAAUUCAACUUUAAGCAGACUAAUGAAGAUGAACUGUCAGUCUGUAAAGGGGACAUCAUUUACGUCACUCGAGUUGAAGAAGGUGGCUGGUGGGAAGGCACAUUAAAUGGGAGAACAGGCUGGUUCCCGAGUAAUUAUGUCCGAGAAAUUAAAUCCAGUGAAAGGUCUCUGUCCCCCAAGGCUGUCAAAGGACUUGAAACGGCUCCACUUACCAAGAAUUAUUAUACUGUGGUGUUACAGAACAUCUUGGACACUGAAAAAGAGUACGCUAAAGAACUCCAGUCUCUUCUUGUUACUUACUUAAGACCCCUGCAGUCCAAUAACAAUCUGAGUACUGUGGAGUUUACAUCUUUAUUGGGAAACUUUGAAGAAAUAUGCACAUUUCAACAGACACUCUGCCAAGCCUUGGAAGACUGUUCCAAAUUUCCUGAAAACCAACACAAAAUAGGAGGUUGUCUCCUGAACCUCAUGCCUCAUUUUAAAUCCAUGUACCUGGCUUACUGUGCAAAUCAUCCUUCAGCAGUAAACGUACUCACAAAGCACAGUGAUGAACUGGAACAAUUUAUGGAAACUCAAGGUGCCCCCAGCCCAGGUCUCCUGAUUUUAACAACAAGCCUCAGCAAACCGUUUAUGCGACUAGAAAAGUAUGUUACUCUCUUGCAAGAACUCGAACGGCAUAUGGAGGAUACUCAUCCAGAUCAUCAGGAUAUUCUGAAAGCAAUCAUAGCAUUCAAAACGCUCAUGGGACAGUGUCAAGAUCUGAGGAAGAGGAAACAGCUGGAGUUGCAAAUACUCUCUGAACCUAUUCAAGCAUGGGAAGGGGAGGACAUUAAAACCUUGGGAAAUGUGAUUUUUAUGUCACAAGUAAUGGUGCAGUAUGGAACAUGUGAGGAAAAAGAAGAGCGGUACCUCAUGCUCUUUUCAAAUGUCUUGAUAAUGCUGUCUGCAAGUCCUCGGAUGAGUGGCUUUAUUUAUCAGGGAAAAAUAUCAAUAGCAGGAAUGGUGGUGACAAGACUAGAUGAAAUUGAAGGGAAUGACUACACAUUUGAAAUCACAGGUAACCUAACAGAGAGACUUGUGGUCCAUUGCAACAAUAGUCAGGAAUUCCAGGAAUGGUUGGAGCAGCUUUGCAGACUGACCCGAGGACCUGCCUCAUGCAGUUCAUUAUCCAAAACCUCAUCUUCAUGCAGUGCUCAUUCCUCUUUUAGCUCUACUGGACAGCCCCGAGGACCCUUGGAGCCUCCUCAAAUUAUAAAACCGUGGAGUUUAAGUUGUCUACGACCUGCACCUCCACUUAGACCAUCAGCAGCACUAGGUUAUAAAGAGAGGAUGUCUUAUAUCUUAAAGGAGUCUAGUAAAAGUCCCAAAACGAUGAAGAAGUUUCUUCAUAAAAGAAAGACAGAAAGAAAACCAUCAGAGGAGGAAUAUGUGAUUAGGAAAAGCACAGCUGCUCUGGAAGAGGAUGCUCAGAUUCUCAAAGUGAUCGAAGCCUACUGUACCAGCGCCAACUUUCAACAAGGUACUCGAAAAGAUUCUGUUCCACAAGUCUUACUUCCCGAGGAAGAGAAACUCAUCAUUGAAGAAACCAGAAGUAAUGGCCAGACAAUCACUGAAGAAAAGAGCCUUGUGGAUACUGUCUAUGCCUUGAAGGAUGAGGUCAAAGAACUGAAGCAGGAGAAUAAAAGAAUGAAGCAAUGCUUGGAAGAAGAAUUAAAAUCAAGAAGGGACCUAGAAAAGCUGGUCCGGAGGUUGCUGAAGCAAACGGAUGAGUGUUUUCGGGUUGAGUCCAGUAGCAAGACCUCAAUUCUUCCAUAA